ACCUCUCCUCUCCUCUUUUCUUUCUUGCAGCCAUUGCCAAAAGCUUUCCUCUCCCGCCUCCUACUCCUCCCCCCAAGCUCCAGACUCAUCUCCGGCCAUGCUCUCCUCCCUCCCAGUCGCUACCCCAUUCACCGACGCCGCGGGAAGAACUGCCCUGGCGCGCUCGUAGCGCAGCCGCACGACGGCCGGCCGGCGACCCGACCUAUGCUCCCUGACCAGUCGGGCAUUGGCUGACCCCCAAAUGCCUCACACUAACUAGCCACCUCUUGUACAUAAACACUACCGAGAAGUUGAAGAAGAAGGAGGAGGAGGAUUCCCCCGCACGUUUUACGAAUCGGGCCGCCACCGCCGCUGCUGCCUUCCCGUCGCCGGAGAGGAAUUUUUUAGCCUCGGCGCACGCGAAGGCGUGGAGCUUUUCUGUUAUCUCUUUUUUAGGAUUUGUUUAGGGUGGUCUUUUUUUUCGGAGUAGAUUUCGCGGUUCGGUUUCCUGCGGCUGCUGGCGAUGGGAGUGGUGGAGUUCUCUGUGCUGGGGGCGGUGCAGAAGUUUAGAUCCCUUCUCACCGGCUCCGCGCCCGCCGCCGAGGACGAAGCCCGCCGGUUGAGUGCGCCACCGUUGCCCUCGACGCCGUCGCCCAGCGGCAGCGUAUCCCCGGUGGAUUCGCCGCCGCCCGCCGCGAGAUCCGGAGGCAGGCGUGCCAUUGCCCUCCGCCGCCAGAUCUCCUCGCCACAGCUUCUCCGCUGUCACGCAGUCAGGCGAGCAGAUGACGAACCUGGGGUUCAGUUUUUCACCCCAGGGAAUGACUACUUACAUGACUUCUCAGACACCGAAGUUGUUAGUGUUAGCACCCCUAACGAGCUCAACCGGUCUGUAACCCUAAGCCCCUUUCAGAGCCCGACUUGCAUGGUUUGGCAGAAUGACGGCACACAAACAUCCAGGAGAAACGGCCGUUUCAGCCUGGAUUCUCUUGAUCAUGGUACUACGCUAAAUGGUAGGAUCAAUGGCAGGAGUGGGGAAGGUGAUAUGACUGUAAAUCCGGUUGAUUUUGAUGCCAAUAUUUGGUGCCCACCGUUACCGGAAGAUGAGGGUGAUGACGCUGAAUCGAAAUUAUUUGGAUUCGACGAUGAGGAUGACGAGCUUGAGGAGUCAAGCAAUCUUCUUGCUAUUGGCUGCUUUAGUACUGACAAAAUAGCUGGUGUUGACGCGGUCACAGGUAUAGCCCAUAAAGAGGAGGUGAGGAAUGCUGUACUUGGCCAUUUCCGUGCUCUUGUGGCUCAAUUACUGAAUGGAGAAGGUAUCAGUGUUGGAGAUGAUGAUGGAUGCAUAAGUUGGCUUGAGAUAGUGUCCUCCUUAUCCUGGCAAGCUGCUAGCUAUGUGAGACCAAAUACCACAAAAGGUGGCAGCAUGGAUCCUACCGAUUAUGUUAAAGUCAAAUGUAUAGCAUCAGGGGAUCCGAUUGAUAGCAAUCUUGUUAGAGGAGUCGUUUGUUCAAAAAAUGUAAAACACAAACGCAUGAUCUCUGAGCAUAGGAAUGCGAAAUUGCUCAUUUUAGGAGGGUCACUUGAGUAUCAGAAGGUUGCUAAUAAACUAGCAUCUAUUGACACUAUACUUGAACAGGAGAAGGAGCACCUGAGAAUGAUUGUUGGAAAGAUAGAGUCCCGGCGACCAAAUGUGUUGCUAGUUGAGAAAAGUGUCUCAUCUUAUGCCCAGGAGCUCUUGGCAAAAGGAAUUUCAUUAGUUCUCAAUGUUAAGAGGCCGCUUUUGGAGAGGAUAUCGAGAUGCACAGGAGCACAGAUUGCCUCAUCAGUUGAAAAUAUUGCUUCAGCAAGGCUAGGACAGUGCGAAAUGUUCAAGGUGCAGAAAGUUCUGGAAUUUCCAUCAGGAAGACAGACUCACAGGGGAUCAACAAAGACACUGAUGUUCUUUCAAGGCUGUCCUAAGCGUUUGGGCUGCACAGUUUUACUAAGAGGCUCCUGUCGGGAGGAACUAAAGAAAAUUAAGCGUGCAGUACAACUUGCAGUCUUUGCUGCUUAUCACCUCUCUCUUGAAACAUCAUUCUUUGCUGAUGAAGGUGCGACUCUUCCUAAAGUUCCUUCAAGGCCUGUGAUAGCGGUUCCAGAUAUGCAAAGUGUCAGGAGCCAUUUUUCUGGAUCUGCUGGUGUUAUUGUGACCCAGAAUAAACUUAAAGAAGUACGAGGUGAUGAUUCACGAACUCCUACAGUCAACAGUACAUUGGAGGAAAUUUCUGUAUCACCUAGUUCAUUAUCUUUGAAUGAGGAAGGCGAAGGUGUCCUUUUUGAGCACAGGGAAUCUGACUCUCCUGUUGACCAUAUGGAUUCCCAUGAUCAUUACUUAUCCCAUGCAAUUGAUUCGUGUAAUGGGCGUAAAAUAUCGUCAUGUUUCUUGGAUCAUGAUUCAGGAACUCCAGGGAAGAAAUGUCAAGAAGUAGACCAUUCGAAUCAGAAGCCACACUAUGGCUGUCAUUCAGGAGAGCUGGAAGACCAGAUUGAUUUUUCUGGUGAAUAUUUUCCUACUACUGAGAACAAUCAGAGCAUCUUAGUUGCCCUGUCAAGCACUUGUAUCCCCAAAAGCUUGGUAUGCGAGCGUUCCCAGCUCUUCCGCAUUAAGUUUUACGGUAGCUUUGAUAAGCCACUUGGGAGAUACCUCCGGGAAGACUUAUUUGACCAGGCAUAUUGCUGUCCAUCCUGUAAAGAACCAUCAGAAUCACAUCUAAGGUGCUAUAUUCAUCAGCAUGGGAGCUUAACAAUCAGUGUUAGGCGUCUUCUGUCUCAGAAGUUGCCAGGUGAGCGUGAUGGGAGGAUAUGGAUGUGGCAUAGAUGCCUCAAGUGUGAACCUAAGAACGGUGUACCACCUGCUACACGGAGGGUAAUUCUGUCAGAUGCUGCUUGGGGCCUGUCAUUUGGGAAGUUCCUGGAGCUAAGCUUUUCAAAUCAUGCUACUGCUAACCGAUUUGCAAGCUGUGGGCAUUCUCUCCAGAGGGACUGUCUUCGUUUCUAUGGGUACGCAAACAUGGUGGCCUUCUUCAGAUAUUCUCCUGUUGACAUUCUAUCAGUUAACCUUCCCCCCUCAUUAUUGUGUUUCAACUAUCGCAAUCAACAAGACUGGACUAAAACGGUGGCUGUUGAGAUAUUUGGCAAAAUGAAAUCCUUACAUUGGGAGGUAUCUGAUUUUCUCCAUCGUACUGAAAAGAGUAUUUUAAUCGAGGAUGAACCGAUCAAGACAGGUAUCCAAAGGCAGAUAAUUGAGCUGAAGGAUUUGCUUAACAUGGAAAGAAAUGAAUAUGAGAUUUUGCUGUUGCCAGUCAUUAGUGAUAGUAAUCACUACAUGCAGGCAUCAAUUGAUAUUCUUGAGCUCAACCGCCUGAGGCGUGGUCUUAUUCUUGAUGCGUACCUCUGGGAUCGCAGGCUAUGUUACAUAGAUUCACUUCUUGAAACAAAUGGUCAUGUUUCAAAGACCAAUCCUUCUGAAAUUCUCUUAGACAUCAGACUGAAGGAGCGGAAAGCCGAUUCACUUCAGGUGGAUACAAAUACUGGAAAACCAACAGGUUUGUUGCACUCACCAGGAAGUCCAAGGAAAUCUUUGUUGUCCAGAGAGGUCUGCUUAAAUGAUAACGAGUACAACAUGGCUGAGGAAAAAUUACAGAUUGAUCUGGUGGAUCAUCCUGCCUGCGAGAUAGAAGAUAUUGACAAGGUUUUCAGCAGAUUCAAUGAAGAGAAAGAACAGCUAACUACUAAAGCUGCCAUUGGUAUGGAACCUAUUGAGAGGUUACCCUCACUCGCAUCUAUUUUUUCUGAUAAGAUUGAUUUUGCAUGGACUGGAUCCAGUGAGUUGCAGUAUGAUCUUCCAGAAGGUUUCACCAAACUCGAUGAAAAUAGAUCCUUUAGUUUGUUGGAUAAUUCAAGUUACAGGAAUGCACCUGUUAGAAUUCACUCAUUUGAUUCUACUCUGCGAUCCCGUCAGCGAGAACGCACUGGAUUAGCCCCUACUUCAUUGCAUCUGCCAUCAUCCAGAUCUGCUGAGUAUUUUGGGGGUUCAACAAGCAUCUCGAAAGAUCCAAUGCAGAACAUAAGGAGGGCUUGUUCUCAAAGGUCCCCUGGGGCCAUAGAGAAAUUAAAUGUUAUUUUUACUCGUGCACCCACUCAUAUCUCAUCUGCUUCACAUAUGGUUGAUGAUGGGGCAAGGCUGUUGUUGCCCCCGAUUGGCAGUGAAGAUGCCGUAGUUGCAGUCUAUGAUGAUGAACCCACUAGUAUUGUGGCAUACGCCAUGACUUCACAAGAAUAUGUGCAGCAAGUAUCGCGGAAACUAAAUUCAACUUCGAGUUUUUCUCAUGUUCCAAAUGCCACUGAGGCCAGCCAUGGACUUGAGGGGGCCUUUCCCUCACAAGAAGACAAUCUGGAUUCUAAGGGAACUCAUUUUAAGUUUUCUUUUGACGAUGAUACACCUCUUUCUCCAGAUAAGGCGAAGUUCUCUGUGAUUUGUUAUUUUGCAAAGCAUUUUGCUAUGCUAAGAAAGAAAUGCUGUCCAAAGGAUAUUGACUACAUCCGUUCACUAAGUCGUUGCAAGAGAUGGAGUGCACAAGGUGGAAAAAGCAAUGUUUACUUUGCAAGGACACUGGAUGAGAGGUUCAUAAUCAAACAAGUCACCAAGACAGAGCUGGAUUCUUUUGUAGAAUUUGCUCCUCAGUACUUUAAGUAUUUGAUGGAAUCCUUGACCUCUGGUAGCCCAACUUGCUUGGCAAAAAUAAUAGGAUUAUACCAGGUUAGUGUGAAGGGCUUGAAAGGUGGGAGAGAAGUAAAGAUGGAUCUGAUGGUGAUGGAAAAUCUUUUCUUUGAAAGGAAGAUACCUAGGGUGUAUGAUCUAAAGGGUUCAUUACGCUCUCGCUACACAUCCGGUGAUAGUAAAGUCUUAUUAGAUUCAAACCUCAUAGAGGCAUUGCAUACAAAGCCUAUAUUUUUGGGGAGCCAUGCCAAACGAAGAUUGGAAAGAGCCGUCUGGAAUGAUACUUCGUUUCUCGCGUCAGCAGAUGUCAUGGACUACUCACUUCUUGUUGGAAUCGACGAGGAAAAGAAAGAACUUGUUAUUGGCAUCAUCGACUACUUGCGCCAGUACACCUGGGACAAACAACUGGAGACCUGGGUGAAGGCCUCAGGUAUCCUAGGCGGGCCCAAGAACGAAGCACCUACCAUCAUAUCUCCGAUGCAAUACAAGAAGAGGUUCAGGAAAGCCAUGUCCAAGUACUUCCUCACUGUCCCUGACAAAUGGUCCUCUUAACAACUAACUGAGUAACCAGAUGGUUUUAGAAGCAUCAUUACUUUAGCAAAAGUUGCGUAGGCUGUGCCGAGGCGUAUUGUGUGCCUAUUUGCGAGAAGAUUAGCUGAUUCAUUUUGCACCCAGUUGUAUUGUGCUGUAGACAUAGGGUAGGAUCAUCCUCUAUCUGGAUCCCAAGCAUGGCCAUUGCAGUGUCCAGAUACAGAUAAAGAGGCUUGAUCGUUGUGUGUCAAUUGUGACCAGCAUAGUAAAAUGAAAACAUUGCCAGCAAAGUUCAGGGUAAAUGCAUGUACCAGUAAUAUACAGAGUACAAACAGACAGAGUUCGUGGUCCAGCAGAACUCUUGCAUACUGGUUUAAAUUGGUGCCUGUAACCUGUC